UUUUUUAAGGGGAGGGGGGAGCUGACUGAACUUUGCGGUUGUCGACGAAGGUGUGCAGUGUCCAUUCUAUCCAGCGGCUCGUUUUUAUACCUAACAGAAAAACGCCAUUAAAGUCUGACCGCAACGGCCGUUAAAAUGGCGCAAUUUUUUUUUCCGCCAUUUUUCUUUUGAUGCACUCAAUUAAAUCCAUGGAAAAUGAGAGUCCACGUCGGAUGAAAAAGAAAGCCGCUUGUUUUCGCUUUCGAUGGCCUUGAUGAUUCAAUAGUCCAUAUGACACUGUCCUUUAUAUUUCACGCAUUAAUCUUUCUCUUUUCUUCUUCAUCUUUUCGAAAUAUAGAAAAAAAAAAGGCCUACUGAUCUAUACAACGAGGGCUGCUUCCUUUUAACGGAUGGAUACCUCCGAAGGGACUCAUUUGACAGUCUCCUUUUUUUCGGCCGAAAGGAUCGCAUGUUUACGCAAGGAACACGAAAAUAUAUAUUUAUACAUACAAACACGGUAGACUAUAUGGGAGGGAAGAAGAAGAAGUUCGUCAGAGGACAAUCAACGGUGUGAUGGGGUUCGACAAUAAGCACAUGCCAGUCGACAUAAUCAUCGCAGCGCAUCUUGCAAGAAAACGCCACCUACCAUCUAAAAUGUCAACUGUCUUGCGAUGACGUCUUCCUCUGCAAAGUUGCAGUCGACGAACGGAAGGAAACAAUUUUUCAAAUCUGGUAUUAUCAAUUUCAUCUGUGCAUGGUGGUCUUCUACAUCCCUUUCCACGCCAGCCUUUCUCUCUUACAAUAUGGAUGAAUUGCAGAAAUUACCGCAAUUUUCAAUGUAUACAAAUAAUUUGAAGUAAUACCUCAGGCACCUUAUUGUCGUGGUAUUCGCAACAGAUGAUUAAAGAAAAUGGAACGGAUUACGGACUGCUUCAAGACAACAAUUCCAGAGUCUUCCUGUGAUAUUGACGGAGAAUUGACCAUCGUGGUAGAUGAAGAUGGGCGAAUGGUGCUUGACAUCACUGAAACAUUGUCAAACUUUACUGAGCAAAACAAAGAAGAUGAUCUAGUUAUAAUCACAACUGAUGAAACAGAUGUUAUCAACAGUUCCAAUGUUACAUAUACUGACUUACAGGAAGAGACGAAUGAUGCCUCUUCAUCAUCUCAAGCACCAGAUAGUUAUGGUGUGGAUGAUUCACAUUCACUCAUUGCUUCCCUUCAAGUUCCUACAUCUAUUCCAGCUGAAUCACCAUUAUCCAGUACUCCAAAUGUCAUCAAUGCUGCAUCUGCUGUGUAUAUCCCAGAAGGACACAUUUUAUUUAUUAUGGGGGAAACAUCACAACAAGGAAAGCCUAGUCAAAUCCCAGCAGUGGCUACUCAGAUAAACGCUAGAAAAGAAACGAAAACCAGCCCCUCUAGAAGAAUUCGCCGACUUCUCCCGAAAUCGCAUCUAAACAAUUCAAAUGACAUUUCCACGUCCGCUGCCUUUGCACAGAAGAAACGCCAGAAAAGAAAAAAAGCUUCACUGUUACAUGAAGUCUGCCUAUUCAACCCUGAAUCAAUCAUCACAACAGGUGACGGACCGACACCUGAAAAGUUUUUUUUGUGCGAUAAAUGUCCGUCUACAGAAGAACUAGUUAAAUUCCGACGGUUUGAAGACCUUUCUCGUCAUUACAGUCGGAGUCAUCAUUUGCGAAUCCUGAAAAAUGCGUCUGUAUUUUGCAGAGAGGAAAACUGUUCUUUCAAAUCUUGGAGAGUCGAAGAUUUGAGAAAGCACUUAAACUUGACUCAUGGAUUCGCAAUGGAAUCCCAGAUGCACACGUUUGCAUCGAUGGAAGAAUUUGCAGCGUGGAAAUUGUCUGAGGAAAAACUGUCUGGCAGCAAGUUUAAUCGAUCAUCUGGAGACCACCAAACCCGCCAGUCUGGAAGCCAAAAAGUUAUAGUCUACAUGUAUUAUGCGUGCAACCGCUCUGGCUCACAGCGGAUCCGGGUGAACAAUGGUAGCAAAAAGAAGAAACCCAGUAGCCAAGGGAGUAUUAAGAUCAACGGUACUUGCACAGCUUCGAUUAGCCUCGUCCACGAUAAAGGAUUAAACCGAAUCUCGUGCGAGUAUUGCCCAACCCACUACGGUCACGACACAAAGGAGCCACAUCGACAAAAUCUAAGCAAACAAGAAAAGCUUUGGAUAUUGCAACUGCUGGUUCGAGGUUGGAAUUCGGACGAAAUCGUGAAAACCUUGCGGAGCGGCACGAUAACCGGAACGACUGUACGAAUGAUGACUGUGACUCGACAAGACGUGUUCAACGUGUGCCGAUCUCACGGAGUAACUAACCUUGAGCGUCGUGAUCCGGACGACAGCAAAAGCGUGAAACUGUGGGUGGAAGAGCUCAAAUCCAAAUCUUCUGUUCUCAUCUGGAAUCCAGACAGCAGUAUUCUUCUUUUAGCCGUGAUGGACGACAAUCAAGUAAUGUUAGCCAGACUUCAUGCUCGCAUCAUUUACGUCACCGAUAUUUCAGUCAACUGGGACCGCUGUCACAGGCUUCUUGUGCUAACUACCUUGUCAGCUACGGAUAAUGAGGCUUAUUUAAUUGCUUAUGCUAUCACGGAUCAGAACGGGCCGGAACCCUUACAGGAGGUUUUUGCUGCUAUUCAUGCAAAGUUGGGCCAAACAUUUCAACCGGACUUCAUUCUUUGUCACGACCCGUCAACAGUCGCUGACGCCUGGAUAUCACGAUCGGAUGCUUUCCCGACCUUUCUCAGUCCUUCGUGGAAUGUGGAAAAUGAGUGGGCAGAAGCUCGAGCCAAGUAUAUCGAUGAUGAUCUGAAACGAGAGGCUGUAAAGCGAUGCUUAGAUCUUUUGCUCGGUGAAACUGAUCCAUCCAAAUUUGCUACUUUCCUUCAGCUCGUAAAUGGCAUGUUAGCUGCUGACGAAACUUUGCUAGAAUUCUCGCGGUUUUUCACCAACAGCUACGCCCGAUUAGCUGCCCACUGGCCGGGCUUUCAUCCCUUACCAGACUGCUCCCCAUUUCAACAGUUGAACGUUGAACUGGAACUCAUAGCUCGCCGCUGUAGAUCGUUGAAACGUUUGGACAAGUGCAUAUACUCGCUCGAAUUCCUGGCUUCUAACCAGCCGUUUCGACCACUGACGGAAUUCCACCGUAGCUCCACCCAAACAGAAUCAGAAGUAUGCAAUCUACGGCGUGCAAUCGCCGUACAAAUGAAAACCCUAGAGCGUGUCGCUCACGAAUGCGAUAGCGUCGAUACGCUGAAGAGAAUCAAUCAGGUCAUCAGAGAAGCAUUGCAGUGAAGUCAACUGUCGUAUUUAAUUUUUAAUAUUUUUUUUCUACGAUUAACUUUGAAAAGAAAGGAGAACGGACUUGAUUCAAAGUUGGGUUUUCGUAAUCGGUAAAGUAGCGUUUUGAGUGAUGAGGGUAGGAGGACAUGCACUGCCGUUGGUGCCAGCCUUAGCCGCUGCCUGAGCCUCUGCCAACUUUGCAGCUCUUCUUGCCACGCUGCGCUUGUGUGUAGUUCGGAUGUCAUCCAAUUCCUUCAUCUCCUCCAAAUCAUCGUCCUGUUUGUUUCGUCACAUUGAGAUGGAAUUGUGGUUAUUGCUCGGUAGUUGCAUAACAAUUCAAAUCUUUACCGAUUGUUGCUGCCGAAGCAUGAAUGCCCUUCUUCCGUCUACCAUCGGCUGCGAGUAGAGAACCUGGUUUUCCAACCGAGACUUCGGGUCAACACCUCUCUCCACCACGAGGACAAUGCGCGCCCACUAGAAAUACAGAAGAAGAGGAAAUACGGGGCGGUGGACAGCAUGACCAGCACGGCGACGAUAUCUUCCUCAGCUCGCAAACAGAACCAGCGCAAGAAGACCAUAGCAAUUACGAGCAUGCAAGAGAUCAGAAAAAGGACUCUCGAUGGGGCAGUGGCCUUUCAAAAUACAGUGAAUGAGCGUUAUCGCCUUGUCAAUGAAAAUUUGCAAGAGUUCAGCUCUUGAAUGGAACUUACCAAAUUCUCGAAGAACAUCUUCCUGCCGAGAAAUCUGGCUUCUCGAGCCGCCGCACCCAGGUAUAAAACCACACCGAUCAAGACCCCGGUUUCACCAACCAUCCUGGCGUAUCCUUGGAUUGUAGGGUCAUACUAGUUGCCCACAAAACACGGCAUCCACAGGGGCGUGUUUGUGUCCAGUUUUAGGAGAUACUGAUGACGUCACUGGGUGGCUGGUUGUACGAGGACGAGUACUUGUGAUGGGAGUCGUAGGAUCCGUGCGAAGGGGCUUUGUUGUUUCCGUGACAGUUCCAUUCCAAUCAUCACGUGUGCUGUAAUACUCACCGGAAUUUGAUGAAAGUGUUCCACUUUGCGUGAAGAAGGUCAAUGACGACAUCAUCCAUCAGUUCUAGAUGGGCUUCUGAAUCCUGUUUGCCGCACGCAGUGAAAACUUCUAUAUUUCACAAGCGGCGACCGAUGAUCAACGAACAAGUUUCUGCGGCUGAUGGAUCCGAACACGACACAAAGUCUUUAGAUAACAAUCGAUUGGCCAGCGAAAAAAAACAGUCGACGCUUUACGAGAUGAAACGAAAACUAAACGAAAUCGCACGCCCGUCUAGUUGGUGCUGAAGAAACAGACUCGACACCGAGAGUUGUUGUAGAGGUAACUAUAUUUUAACCUAUCAGCGCGGACCCGCGACUCCGACGAGUCCGACGGUGGCGAAAAAGAGUGGGCGGGAUAGCCACACAUCAAAUGGAAGGGAGGUGUUGGUUGACUCGAGUCCGUCAAGUAAAGAGGGGAAAAUCAUAAGAAAAGAGCGAUGAAAGACCGGUGCACUGCAUAACUUUGAACACUCAAUUCAGCGGCCUCAAGGAAUCGUGACGUCUUUUGGCCUUUGUUCGCGUUUCACUUCUCUCGGUAUACUGUGAGAUCGAAAUGCGUGAAAAUUCGAGGACGAAUAUACCACGUGAGAAUCGUCACUGGGUGCCGAUUGAACGAUUAUUACGUAGAUCAAAUAGUGCAAAAAACAAAAACAAACAAAAAAUGACCGGCAUCAUGAAAAAGUCACCAAUCUUUUGUCAUAUGAUGCCAGGGAGAGAACUGGUGCUAAUAAGAAUCGGGACAAAAGGUGACAACAAAAAGACAAUUCAAUAAACCACCAGCCACAAAAUUGAUUUCAGAGCUCGAAAUUUACCUAAAAGACCACCGAUGGCACCAAGGAAACGAGGAUCGGUCUCUCCACCAGAACGUCCUUGGACAGAAGCGUCUCCCCCAGAAGUUUCCUUGUUAGCCUCGUCGGAUCUCUUGCGACGCUCUGUCUUAUCUCCACUUUCACCUCCUUGAUCAGCGCUUCGGAAUCCUGUAAACGAAACGUGGCAUUAUUCACGUGAAUUCUUCUUAAUGUAAUGGUAGUAUUUUUACCGAAGCCACCGUUGUAUCCGCCGCCGUAUCCGUACUGUCCAGGAUAACCAUAUCCACCAGCACCGUGAUGAGGAUGAUGGUUACCGUAUCCUCCAUAUCCACCGGGGUAUCCUCCAUAUCCGCCAGGGUAUCCACCAUAUCCACCGGGAUAGCCGCCAUAGCCGCCGAAUCCACCAUAUCCACCUUCAGGUUGGCCAAGGCCUAGACCUAACAGGCCAGGACAUCUACCAGGCUUUGUCGCUCCAAUGGGAUGACCUAUACAUAUUUGGCAAUGCAUUUUUUUUAAAUUAAAAAGUUGUUUUGGUCAGCAUUAUCAUUUUAUCUCCAUGCUUACCUCCGCCGAAACCGCCACCACCGAACGGCCGAUUGCCACCUAAUAAAGUUAAAAAUAAUUAUGAUAAUAAUAAUAAGAAAAAAAAAUCGAUUUAAAGUAAAAAAAAUAAAACUAUUUUUGUGGAAACUAAAA